GGAAAGUCCCAAGACCGGGUGGCGCAAUUUUUCAGAUUGUACGUUUGGGACAUUCUUGGCAAGUGAUUCUCGUGUUUGAGAAUCAAUUACUGCAGAAAACAGUAGAUCUUCAAGAUGGGAAAAAAUAGGAAAAAGAAGAAAAAAGAAUCUCAGUUGGCAGAGAAAAAGGGUAGGGCUCAAGGUACUAUUUGUGGACCAGCACCUGAUACAAAGACUAAUAAAACAGGUCUAUCCGACGCUGGAGAACCAAUGGACAAUGAAAGGAUUGGCGAACUAGAAAGCACAUUUUAUGAAAGAAUAGCAGAUGAAGCAGGGGCUACCCUUAAAGAUGCAUCUCAAGAUCUUGCUUUGAUGAAGGAUCAAACAGAAAAAUAUGUAGGAGAGAAGGUUGAAGAAGGGAAACAAUCUUUAAGAAAAACAGGCAAACAGGAAACUAAGAAAAUGGCAAAGCAGGCAGAGAUGCUUCAAAAGGAAAUAAAAGAUUCACAUGGGAAAGGACAUGGUAUUUACAUCGGCCACAGUGAAAAUACACAUAUAGGUGAUGAAACUACCUACAACAUAGGUUCAACUAGGGAUGAUACAGAUGAGGAUGAGGAUGAUGAAGGUUACACAAAAGAUUAUCCUCAUCUAUCACCAACUACAUCAUUGAAUGAAAGUGGGGAUACAGGUGCAAGACCUAAAACAAGCAGUUCAGCAUGGAAAAAUUUGCCAAAUCGUGUGUCAAUCGAUAAAGCGGAAUCUGUACAUAUUGGAGAAAAGAACAGUCCUGAUAAGAUAUUCGAAGAAAGCAAUUUUUUCCUUGCCACAAAUAAAACUGAGAUUUCCAGUGCUUCAACUGUCAAUAUCAGUUUCAAGCAAGGCCUUAAAAAUGGCAUUCCUACUGAUAAGCCAGAAGAAAUCAAGAAGUUUGCUGAAGCUGUAAACAACUUCCAGAAAAAGGGAUCAUACAUGCUAUUGAUGGAUGAACCAACAUUUGUUCCUAAUAUAGAUGCUCUAAGUCUUGUUGAUUGGUUGGCUGUUUUUGACAUGGAUUGUAGAAGUUGGGAUACAGGAUUGUUGUCAAGGAUAUCAGACAGUGUAGACCAAAAAUUGAAAUAUGUAAGCUGGAAAGAAAAUGUGGCUAUUUCAAAACAGCAACUCACAUGGAUUGGUUUGAUGGGCAUUUCUAACCGCCCUGAAACAAAUGUCAGUGAAGAGUUUAGGGAAUGGAAAAGGAAGGUCAAGCCUUCUUUGGAAAGCCAGCUGAAGCAGAUUCAAAGAUAUGCAGAGCAGUACACGAAAGUGACUCUGAUUGUGUUAUUGCCUGAGAACAAACAUGUUGCAAAAUUAAAGCAUUUCAAUUUCAUCAUUGAAGAGGUAUUGGAAAUAAUACCAGACAUCAGGAUUGUUGCUGCAGUCCCGAAGUACACAUAUUUAUCGGAAGUUAAUCACGUACAACUCAAACAUUUGCAAAUUGAUGAUGAUGUUAAAAAAAUCUACCUGUCCCUUUUUGAUGUGUGCAGUGUUGUUCAAGCCUAUUGUUUGCCAGAAAGAGCUCAUGAUAACAAAAGGUUUCGCCUUCCAACAUCGGAUGGCACAAAUGAUGCAAAGCUAAAAGAAAAAGAAAAUGCAUGGCUUGCAAAUGAUUUGGAAGUCUUGUACCUGGAUAACGUGACAGGCAUGGAUUACUCAUCUGAGCAGUUAGAUGACGAAGAGCAAACAUUUCACAAAGGAGGUAGUAUUCCUUGGUCCGUUUGGUAUGCACUUAGAGGAAACCGAUUUGAUGUGCAGAGAGAUAUCCAUGCCAAAAUGGUUGAUUACAUCAUGCGUAGACACAUUGGUAUUUGUCGGUCUGGCUUUGUGCGACUUUUGCACAAUCCUGGUUCAGGUGGUACUACCUUAGCUCAAAGGGUAGUUUGGGAAUUGAAAGAUGAGGUUCCAUGUGUUCAGAUAAAGCACAGGCUUGGAUCCAUGACUUCGGACAUCUUUGAGAAGAUCAAAUUUCUGUAUUCGAAGACCAACAAACCGAUCUUGAUACUCAUAGAUGGGGAAGAAGAGCACAAAGUUAACACAAUUCGCAGGAGUUUGGAACCACAUGUUCCAGUUAUACUGUUGUAUGUUCAAAGGUCUUGGGCACGUAAUCUGAAUGACAGUUCUAGCAUUAACACAUUUAGACUGCAAAGAGCAGUUUCGAAAGAAGAAGUCAAACAUUUCAGAAGAAUGUACAUGAAACAGUGUAAAGACACAACUGAAGGAGCAAAUGAAGUUGAGAGACUUUUCCGUGAAGUUGAAAUGGGAAAAGAGCAUGACAUAUUUGAAUUUGGACUAGCAGUUCACGAUAUUCAAUAUGCAGGUAUUGAAAAAUAUGUGGCAGGAUAUCUGCGGUUGAAUGGAAAAUCAAGCAGAAGUGAGUUGGAUCCAUGGCAGCAGGCUCUUGGCUACCUUUCACUGGUAUACUUCUAUGGACAAUCUUCCAUGCCAUGUCAUUUCUUUACAGACAUCAUUGAAUCUGAAGAACCUAUCUUGACAAAGUCAGACCUCCCUGAUGAAAUGCAAGAACUGAUUGUGAAUGAUUCAAAUGACAUAAAUGAAAACAUGGUUAGGAUCAGUCAUUAUUUGAUUGCAAAAGAGAUUCUUGAUCAAAUUCUUCCAUUGCCAAGGCAAGUUCCUCAUGAAUUGUCAUUGAAUUUGUCUAUUGAGUCGAUGAGGAAGCUCAAAGGUAUUUCUGUAGAGUUGAUUAAUGUUGCGGGGAAGAAGAACACAAUUCAGUCAUCAACGAUUGCUCAAAUUAUGACCAAUACUUUUAUAAGCCGUAACAACAGAGCUACGGGGGAAAAUGAAACACAAGCUGGGAAGAAAAGGAAGCCACAGAUUUCUCCUAUUUUGGAGCAAGCAAGUAGUCAUUCCCCAUAUACCGAAAGAUUUGACAUCAUGAAACAAUUGGUCAAGUCAUUUCCCCUUGAAGCUCAGUUCAAAGCCCACCUUGGACGGUUGUAUAGCUUGUACAGAUCUGAGGAGGAGAAAACUGCUGAAAGAUACUUAAAAGAAGCAGAAGAAAUGUGCUUGCAGGGAGUUAAUUUGUCUGAUCUGGAGAAUGUACCAGCAAAUGUGAAGUAUGAUCUGAUGAUGAUUUUCCACAUGUAUGGAAGAAUGCUGUCUCUACAGGCAAAUAAAAUCAUUGGAGGGAAAGGAUCCACUGACAACAACAUGUCAUCAUCUUUUGAACAAGACUGCAAGGAGGUAUUGCCAAAAAUUAAGAAAGCUUGUGGAUACUUCUACAAAAGCAGAGAAAUGGCCCAUUUUGAUUCAGAUGGGAGCCUGGGUUAUUUGAGUGAAAUCGAAAUCAGGUUGAAGUUCUGUGAUUUUGUUCAUAAGAAUAGUGGUUGUCCUGAUGUUUUGCAAUAUAUGCACACAUUUAACACUGACACUGCCGAAUUUAUCAAGGAGUGUGUUACUGUAGUAGAUGAGUUGUUUCUAGACAGUUUUAGCUCUUUUGACUCCGACAAAUUUCAGGGAAUCUACUAUCAACAAGAACUGUACUCUGCUCUCUUCAAAAAUAUACCUGGUCAUACGAUUAUUGGUAAAGGGAACAAUGUGCAGUCAAGACGUCUUGAAAUUGCUCAAAUUAAAAUGAAGUAUUGUGAUCCAUAUGCGUACGGUGUACUUGAACGCAUUGAUAAUCCUGAGGACAUUCAGUUCAUUGCUGAGAGAUAUGAAAAAAACAUUGAUGAAUAUGAAAAUCAAGUAACUCCCACAGCAUCUAAAAGGCAAAUCAACAAUGAUUACAGGGAAUGGAUAUACAUAAUCAGACAUCCUCUUUUCAAGACAAGAUAUACAGUCGUUGAAGUUCUGCAGAGAGUUGAAGCUUGGAAUGAAAAGGUCGAUUCCGAACACAGCCGAUUUUACAUGUUUGUUUUAUGUAGCAUUCUUGGGUUUGGCUUGGAAGACAAUCUAACAAAUGCAGAAUUGCUGUUCAGAGCACAAACUUAUAAAGAGAAAUUGAUGAAAACAUCCUGGCAUAUACACAAGCCUAGAUACCCUAGGGAAUGGUUAGGUAAACCACAGAGGCAUAUACAUCGGAUUGUACCUGGAAAAAGGUACUUGGGAUGGCAUGAUGGAAGAGAUAUCCUGCUGAGUUCAAAUAUUGAGGUUUGUAAAGGAACCAUUGUUUGUCCAAACGACAAACCAUCUAGAGGUUUUAUAGAUCUCGAUCUUGGGCCAAGAAAUCUGAUACCAGUGAAGAUAUUCUUUGUUCCUGCCCGAGCAGAAGAAGAUUUGACAGGGCCAGUAAAUGAAGGAGCCAGAGUUGAGUUUGUGAUUGCAUUCAGCAUGUAUGGCUACGAAGCAUACAGUGUCAGACUCCUGCGAAAGAUGAAAUGUCCGACGUGUCGUAUAGACAUUGAACAUAAAAGUGUUGAUGAUAUUAUUAGCUGUCCAAGAUGCCAUACGAGUUAUCCAGUGAACAGAAGGAGAAGAGGGCAGAAGACCAGAUUAAACAAUUUUCAAUAACUUAUGGCUGUCUCAGACAAAAAUGCAAUCAUCUUUUCAAGCAUUUAGAUGAGCAUAUUUGAAAUAAUGAAUGCAACAUUUUCAUCAAUUAUCUGAAUUUCACCAAUGGAUUGUCGUUUGAUAAUUAAUUUUAAGACCAUGAUUAUCGGCUAUUAUUUAUAUCAGGACUAUUGACGAGUUUAACUUUUUAGCUCUUAAAUUACACAAAAAAAGAAUUAAAAUACAUGUUUUGCACGAUAAAAAACAACGUUCAGACAUGGUAAACACGGCAAGAUAUAUAUAUGCAAGGCUGCUUCCUGUUUUGAAAAGUAGUAAUAGAAUAUGUUUUGGCUAUUACUAAAACCUGCGCCGUACCACCGUACCAUGGACCUUUUAAAUCUCGACUUAACGAUAACAUACCAUACUUCAAUAAAUUGUAUGUUUUAGUAAUCACAGUUUGUACAUACAUUAUAUAAUUAUGAGCAGGGGUUUAAUUAUUUAUUACAAAUAAGUGCAAAUUUCAUGACUUUUAUGAAGUUGAAUUCGUUAUAUACAUUUCGUGUAUGAAAGGCAAUAAUUUGCUCUAUACUAAUUAAAUAGAAAACUUGAAAGAAUAUUUUAUUGAGA